ACCAACAAGAUACAUAUAUGUGCAUGGUCGACCUAUCUAAAUAGAAUACGAUGUUCGUGCUGCUAUCUAUAUCGAGGUUUGUGUUUUAAUAAAAUUGUAAAAAUUUAGGGAGAUAGAUGUUUAAUGCAAAUCGACCAUUAAAAGAUAAUUAGUACCGGUCUAAUUACACAUAACCUCAUUCAAAUAUCAAACGAAUCAUAUAAAAAUUAUUUACUGUGUCAGUACGAUAUAAAGACAUUUCUUCGUAACGACGUAUCCUAAUCGUGAUCGCAUGGAAGUUUUUGUUAAAUUUAAUAAAUCACGCGCCCUUAGAAUAGUUAAACCAAAAAGAACAGUGUGUGUGAAUAAAAGGUGACCAUGAUUUGUUCAAGUAGCAUCCUAGCACAUUUAGCAAAGUUUCUCGUGACAAUUGGUUGCAUGAGAACUCUCGGUAAUAAAUAUGACAAAGCAAGCAUCUGGUCAUUUUGUGCCUUUCAAAUUCUACUUUCACACUCUAUACUGGGAACAUUCAGGUUUGGAGCUCCAUUUCUUACAUCAGCAACGAAUGUAGCAAAGUACUUAAGGAUCUUCUAUGACUGGUACUCCAAGAUUGUUGAUAUUGUACCAUUGGCAUUGUUCACUGCUGGUAUCCUACAAGGAUAUGGAAUUAGCGAAAAAGUUUGGCUUCUAGUACUUUCAUUGGGCAUUUUGCCAGUAUUCUUUCUUCUGCAGCCAAAGCAAAAAGAAAGCCAAAUAAAAAACCAUCAAUUAUUAAUGAAUAUUACCAAUACCUUACAACUGUUAAUGAUCACAUUGUUCACUGCCGGUAUCCUACAAGGAUAUGGAAUUAGUGAAAAAAUUUGGCUUAUAAUACUUUCAUUAGGCAUUUGGCCACUAUUUUUUCACCUACAACCAAAGCAAAAAGAAACUCAAAUAAGAAGGCAUCAAUUGCUAAUGAAUAUUACCACUACCUUGCAAUUAUUAAUGAUUACGUUAAUUGGUUUGAAAAACAGUAAUUACAAUGUUAUUAGCUUAGUUGUCUCGUAUAUAUUCGAACGUUUUUUCAUUGAUGAAUUUUGUUAUUAUUACGAUAUUCCAAGUACUGACCUAACGCAAUAUUCUCUCUGCUUUGUAGAAAUUUUCAUGGUUUUCACACUGAAUGAAGUGUAA